UUGUUAUUACUGUUUUGAGAUACUUUUCUUUGACUGAACUUUUAUUAUUGCCAUUCAAUAAAAUAAGAUUAUUAAUAAUCUUUAUAAAUUAACAUACAGUUUAUCGUGAAAUAAUUGAUAGUUUCAGACCUCUAAAUGUACCUCAGAGUAUUAUUUAAAGCAAAUUAACUCUAAAUCGUUUAAUCAAUUGAUAUUUUCUUUUUCCUUCUAAUCUUGUUAAUACUAGCUACCACCUGAUAUUUAAAAAAUAUAUAUAUCAUUGAAAUGAAUUUGCAUAUAAUGAAAUUGUGACAAACAAAAUUAAUCUGAAUAUUUUCUCACUCUCAAUUUUCUAAAAAGACAGCAUACCAGUAUAUAUAAUUAGGUUACAAUGUAACAGUAAAACAGUGAAACAACAUUUUAAAAUUCAGACAAUUCAGGACCCAACCACACCCUCUCCCCUUUCCCAGCACUUCCUCUUUUCAGUGAUUGGCAUCAAGGCUAUGACAGUUACUAGGAACAUUUGUAAUGUAUACAUCCUUCAUGACUGCAUGGAUCCUCUUAACAUUGUUCAUGCUAUCAAUUAGGUUUCACUCUAUGAUGCCAAGGAAAGAAGAUACAAAUUUGACAACAUCUUCUCUUCUCAAGCAAGCAAUGGCGAGGUUUUUAAAACUGUUGGCAGACCACUGGUUGAUGCAGUAUUCUCAGGCUUUAAUGGAACUCUCAUGGCAUAUGGCCAAACUGGUACAGGAAAGACACACACCUUAAUGUCAAGUGAUGGCAUCUGUGUUCAAGUGGUGGAAAAGCUGUUCAAGAGGAUCCAUUUGGACAAGUAUCAUGAAUACAAGGUCUACAUGUCUUAUCUUCAGAUCUACCAGGAAAAGAUAUUUGAUUUGCUUAAUGCUGCUAAUUCGAAGGUCGAGCUUGUGCUGAGAGAGGAUCCCAAGAAAGGUGUUUAUGUAGAAAAUCUGUCCGAAUUUGUUGUGGGGGACACUGCCGAGGUUCUUUCCUUGCUAAAACUGGGCAAGAAGAAGCUUAUUUUUGCUGAAACACGAAUGAAUCGAGUUUCUAGCAGAUCUCACUCUGUGUGCCAGAUAACUGUGGAAAGAACUCGUUGUAAAGGUAGUCUCAAGUCUGCAGCAGAGGGUUCUUCAAGUGAGAGCAAUCUUCUGUCACUGUCUUCUACCGUGACUCCUCCGUCACGCAAGACAGUUCGAUCCACAGGCAGCCUGGACCGUCUUCGCGACGAAACCAAAACACAGAGUUCACCUUUGAAAGCUUCGACCCGUAGACCGCAAAGCUUCAUCCCGCGCAGGACCUCUACCCCAGCUUCCAAACGCAGCUUGUCACGCAACAACGAGCACAGACACAGCUUUCAUUUGUCGUCUCUUCCGGAAAUGAGUGUCACGCCUGCUCGGCCCAACCGCUGGUCUAUUGGAGAUAUGACUCGCGGUUUCAUGGAGUCGAAUGAGUCAUUACCUAACUCACCGAGUGCCUCGGAAGGGAGUGAUCUGCAAUUUUGUGUGGAUUCCGAAAUGGAAAGCAGCACAGAAAGUGAAGGAUGGAGUGCUUCCGGUAGCCCUGAAGUUCCCGAAUAUGGCUUUGGAGAUGAAGACGACGAUGAUGAAUCAUUUUUGGAACAAAUCAGAAUUCGUGAUGACGUCUUAAUCACAGGAAGAAUCAACAUCUGUGAUCUCGCUGGAAGCGAAAGAAUAAAAAAGAGUGGAGUUGAGGGAGAGCGACUAUCAGAAUUACAACACGUUAAUCUGUCCCUCCUUGAACUGGGUAACACGAUUCACGCAUUGUCUGAAGGCAAAAGAACUCACAUUCCUUACAGAAACUCGCCCCUGACUCGGUUGUUACAAGAUAGCCUCGGUGGGAACUGUAAAACAAGCUUUGUGGUAAGACUUAUUGAGAAUCAUGACUCUUAAGCCUGGUUUUCACGAGCGACGCAAGCACAAGCGCAAGUAGAAGCGCAAGCAACAGGGAUGACACAAGUGAAAACGAAAUUCGACGCAAACAAAAGCACAAGCAAAAUCAUCCGAACCUUCCAAGCUGUUUA